AUGAAACUUUGCCUACUUAGCAGAUCGUACAGGCACGCUUUGCCCGUCCUAAACAAAGCUAUGUAUCACUUUCCUGCCGGUGUCAACCAGGCUCAUCAGGCGCAUCGUCAAAUUUUUCUCUGCUCUGAGCACGGGUCAAGUGUGGCGUACAUCACCCGUGCUUCCGGUUUCACUGCACAGGUGACAUAUAAGGACCACCUGCAAUACUUUCUUCAUGGUGCGAUGAUAUACAUGGUACUCAAGGAGUGGGAGAGUGCGCUCCAUCUCCUGUGCAUAGUCAUCACUUGCCCUGUCGCCAAUGCUGUCAGUAAGAUUAUGGUUGAGGCAUACAAGAAGUGGCUUCUGGUCAGUCUACUGGCGAAAGGAAAGGUCUUCUCCAAUCAACAGGUUACAUCAGCGCCUGAUAUGAUCAAUCCGCAUGUGAUGAAAGUCUAUCAGUCGUUGAUAUUACCAUAUGUCUCGUUGGCUGAUGCGUUUGAAAAUGACGACACACAGAGGCUCAAAGCUGAAGUUGAGGUUGGACGGGCGAUAUGGCUCGCCGAUAACAACAUGGGUCUAGUUCUCCAGGUCGUUCAUGCGCACAGGAAGUCCGUUGUGUCGAAGCUAGGCAGUACAUUCUCAGCCCUGGCCACCGCAGACGUCGCGCAGCGAAUAGCAUCAGAUCCGUUUCCCUCGACAGAGGUCGAAACGUCCAUAUCAUCUAUGGUGAUAUCUGGGUUGGGCUCAACUCUAUUACACUCGAACAGUGAUCAUAAACCCACAAUGCUUCGUUUCCGCGCUGGGGGAGCAUCCCGCUCUUUUGGGGAAGAGCAUAUACAAUUCCUUCUGGAUUUGGAGAGUCGUUUUCUUACGACGCUCGCCGGUAGCAUUGAUCAGAGCAACCACAAUCUGGAACUAAGCAGUGAGCAUCUCCAGUUUCUCCGAAGGGCUAAAAAUGCCUCUGAGCUCGGUUCUGGAAAGUUUGGGAUGAAAUUCAAAGAUGAUAUCGCCAGCUGGGAUGUUGAUGAGGACAUUAUGAGUGGCCUGCAUUGA